AUGGAUAGAACAGCAUUCACCACAGGGGUAGCCAGCGACGAAGGACGCGUCAGCGCCAUCACCAGUCUCAGCGAAACAGUAAAAGACCUAACCAGCAAACUUGAUGCUCUUAAACAAGACAAGCUCCGAAAGUGGAAAUGGAGCAAAGAAGCUCUAUCCAUCGUCGCCAAGCUCCAAGACCUCGCAUCCACCAACCUCCCGCUCGUACGCUCCCGCCUCGAUAAAGCCCUAGAAUUCCCGUCCGCAGAAUGGACAAACACUCCACUAUUUACCGGUGGCAAAUUCGGAUUCGAGCAAUUCAACCGCACGCCCGAGUGGUUCGACGAGAUGGGCUUUCUCGUGCAGAGAACAGCUUACACGUUUUCUGAUACGUGGGACUGCGCCCCCAUCACCGCUACAUUCCUUGUGCCCACGAACCUCGACACCCGCAAUGCCAAGAAAUUGAAAAUCGUCUUCUACUUCCACGGCGGGGGAUUCUGCACGGGCGCUGGCGAUUUUGUGUCAUGGUACUCGCGCUCGAGCGUUGAAUUCGCGCGGGCCAACAACGCCAUCAUCAUCGCGCCGGAUUAUCCGCUGGGCCCUGAAGCGAGCUAUCGCGACAUCAGCAAUGCCAUCAAGACGUUUCUGAUCUGGUAUAACGAGGGCGGCUGCUUUGAGCCGGGCAACUUUACACACUGGAAGCAAUGGCUGUCCACUGUCACCGCCAUGGACUUUACCAACCUGCAGCCUCAAAUCAACGAUAUCCUCAUCGAAGGCGAGAGUGCAGGAGGCCAUGCAGCUGUGACAGCUAUGUUUGCAAAUGCCGAGAAGAAAAUUGAACAUACGAAUCCAUGGGCAUGUGAUUUACCCAUUGCAGCUGUGUUCCUGCGGUAUCCCAUGGUCAAGCACUAUGCACGCGAAUGUCCAGAUUCGGUUACUUAUAUGAAUUCGGAGUUUACAAGAGCGGAGGUUCAGAAGCACGCACAGGAUAUCAAAGAUGCGAUUGUGGAAUUGGAGGCUUUUGAGCUAGUUCCGUCGAGGAGUAGAAGUCACCCUCCCCACGGUAUGUCAGCCGCCUUUCUGCUCUCCAUUACGAAGGAGUGGCAAGCCAUGUUCCAGCGCCACGCUGUCAACGGAAACGAUAUCGAUGCUGCAAUGGAUUGUCUGGAGCGAGUAGAGGCCUAUGUUGGCAAGGUCGACACAGUGCUACCUCGUAUCAUUAUGUAUCACGGUGACAAGGACUCCAACUGUCCAAUUGACGAGACCAGGAGGUUCUGCGACCUGUUGAUCCAGAAUUAUCCGGAAAUCUAUACGGAGAACGAUACGCUCAUCUUUCAGAGCGUGGGCAGUUUGGCAGUGCAAGCGACGUGGAUUAAGGAGAUGGGGAGAUUGGAGGCUAGGGCUGUAGAUACUGUGGCCCAUGGUUUCGAUUAUGAUUUGAUUCCCAGAAAUGAGGAAUUCUUACGGAAAACUUAUCGGAUAAUUGGAAAGUGGUGGCUGUAG